UGGUGUGCAGACAGCGCGGAGCCGGGACUGUGCUGUGAGCAUCGCAGAAUGAACCCGUUCGGACACUACCCUCCUCCUGUCUUCAGCAGCCCCAGCCCACUCCUGCGGCCGCCCGUGUUUAUUCCGCCUCCGGCUUGGGGCCCGGGAUACCAGCCCUGGGGUGUUGGUGGGGGUCUACCCUGGGACAUGGGGCCAGCAGGGCUGGGCCUGGGCCAGGGGCUGGGGCAGGCAACGGAGCUACACCAGCCACCUGAGACACGCCAGCCAGCGCAGUGGCUCAACUCCUGUCAGGGUGACUGCAACCAGUUUAAUCAAAAGCAGUCAAAUCAGAAUACUUCAGCCUGGUGGUCUAGAAACCCUAAACAAAAUGGCUCCAAAAAGCGAAAGCAAAGAAAGAGAAAGGAACCAGUAUUCGCACUUUUUUGCGACACUUGUGAUCGGGGGUUUAAAGUGCAAGACAAAUAUGAUGAACACAUCUCGCAGCAUACCAAGUGCAAAGUGGAUGGAUGUGACUUCAAUGCUCAUGAGAAGCUGGUUCAGAUUCAUUGGAAAAAUAUGCAUGCGCCGGGGGCAAAAAGAAUUAAGCUUAAUACUGACGACGAAAUUGUCAAGUGGCGAGAGGAGAGAAAGAGAAACUUUCCAACUUUGGCAAACAUAGAGAGAAAGUGGAGACAAGAUCGAGAAAGGGAAGAGAGAGGGGAAGUACUUCAAACACAACAGUUUGGAAAAAUGAAGCGGAAAUGGAAAGGCCCACAAUCGAAGGGUGAGGGAAAGUUUCAAAAGGGGAAACAAGAGCGUUUCAAUCAAAAGUUCACUGGCAAGCAGAAAAAACUAAAUGUAGCUGAACAUGUCAGGCCCCCAAAGGCCAAUGGGGUAUGUGAAAAAUCUCCAGAUAACCAGGAAACCAACCACAUCAAAGCCUACAGAAAAGACAUGGACCCUCUGGCUGUAUUGGCAGAAAGUGAUCCAGAGUCUGACAAGGACGAUGUUUGUGCUGGCACUGAGCACGAAGGACUCACUGUUGCUCCGAAGCAGAUAACAUCAGCCCUGGGAUUGCUGGUGGCCAACUACGGCAGUUCAUCAGAUAGUGAAAGUGACCAGGCCCCAGAUGAAAUUCCUCUCCGGCCCAUUGUCGAGGCUUUAGAAGAAAACAAAGUCUUACUGGGAUCUGGACCAAAAUGGUCAAAUGAGAAAGGAAAGGAAAAUUCUCAAAACCGCACCAUGGAUUCAAGAGCCUUCAAAGGCAGGGGCUACAAGCGAGGUCCUAAUGCACGAGGAAGACCUUUCUUGGGUCAGGGUCGAUCGAAACGCCGGCCAACCCUACUAGAAAUGUUAUUGGCCCGUGACAUACGACAUGAAAGAAAUGUUAUCUUGCAGUGUGUUCGGUACAUUGUACAAAAUGACUUUUGGGGUCUUCAGUCAAAGAACACAGGAUUGGGGGUGUCACCAGCUGCUUCAUGUGGAGAAGAAAUUGCAACAUGUGCAAGUGCAGAAUAUGAUGCGACGUGUAGGCUUGAGGUCCCUAAAUCUGAAGAGAAUGAGCAAGACCCUUUAUUAACUGAAGUAAAUGUAAGAUUGUCCCCUGCAAUAGAUCUGCCUCAAGUAAUGCAGAGUAAGAGUACUGUACCUGUUGUAGAUGAUGAUAUUUGGGAAAUACCAGCUUUGCAGUGCGAAGAGAGAUGAUCAACUGAACUCGUAUAGAUUUAUAUGGUCAGAAGACAUGACAGAAACUUUGUUUAUCUGUAAAUCUAUACAGUUUAUUUUUCCCCCCUCCAUUUUCUGAAGGCACUGACUUGUGCUGAGGUACAGCUCCACCCGAAGGUGCCAAUCAGCCUCUGCUACUUCACCCAAGUGGUUCUUAAUUGUGUGAGACUUGAUGGUGUGUGUCUGCAAUAUUUGACUGUGAGGAGCGUCAUAGCCCUGCCCUAUGGUGGGAAUCUUGGCUCUUUUAUUUCUGUCUCUAGCCUCUGGGCUUUGAAGCCUACUCGGUAUCUCUCUUGCAUGUCUGUCUGAGACCAACAAAUUUGGAGCAACCCAUGGAUUAAACUGGGACCUUCCAGUUCUGAAGGGCUCAGUUAUACUCCAGACAGUGACUUCAUCAACCUGUAGGAGUGUUUUAUUCUUAUUUUAAAUUGAAUUAUUGUAUCAAGAUGUUUCUCAUUGAAAUAAAACUGGACAAAUAAUUGAAAGAUAAUUGUUGGAAAUUGACCGUAAUCUGUGGUACCAAUUUUACAGACUAUGUAAAUAAAUUGAUCAUUCAGAA